AUGGAAGCUGUGAAUGUUGUUAUCAAUGAAUCUUCAGAGUUCAGUUCUGAGAAGCUUAGUGAGGAAAUCCCCAGAGAAAUUCUUCCUCCCGAGCCCAAGGACGUUCAAGAAAUUGUUGAACCCACCAAGGCUAAAGAAGCUCUUCAGGAUGAAAGUUGGGUUAAGGCUAUGCAUGAUGAACUGCUUCAAUUUCAAAGGAAUGAUGUCUGGACUUUAGUACCUAGACCGGAAGGUGAGCACAUCAUCGGUACAAAGUGGAUAUUCCACAAUAAGAUUGAUGAGGAGGGUAAUGUAAUCUGCAACAAGGCUUGUCUUGUGGCUCAAGUAUACUCUCAAAUGGAAGAAGUAGACUAUGAUGAGACAUUUUCUCUUGUAGCCCGAAUGGAGUCCAUCCAAAUUCUUCUAGCCCUAGCAUGUCACUUGAAGUUCAAGCUUUACUAA